AUGUCUCUGUCUACCACUCUCGAGACCCCGCAAACGGGCAAAUACGAGCAGCCCACUGGACUAUUCAUCAAUGGUGAAUUUACCAAAGGUGUAGAGGGCAAGACCUUCGAAUCAAUCAACCCCUCCACCGAAAAACCGAUCGUGGCCGUCCAUGAAGCCACAGAGAAAGAUGUUGACGUCGCUGUCUCGGCCGCUCGCAAAGCCUUCGAAGGAGAAUGGCGAAAAGUCACACCGGAACAGCGAAGCAAAUACCUCUUUAAACUGGCAGACCUCUUUGACCAGAAUCUCGACCUUCUUGCAGCCAUCGAAUCACUGGACAAUGGCAAGGCCUUCGCCAUGGCUAAGGUUGAUAUUGGCAUGUGUGCCGGCUGCUUAAGAUACUAUGGUGGCUGGGCGGACAAGAUCACAGGCAAAGUCAUCGAUACCAACUCCGAAACCUUCAGUUACACAAGACAAGAGCCGAUUGGCGUGUGCGGCCAGAUCAUCCCCUGGAACUUCCCCUUACUCAUGUGGGCGUGGAAGAUCGGCCCCGUCGUCGCCACCGGUAACACUGUCGUGCUCAAAUCAGCUGAACAGACACCGCUCGGCGCACUCUACGCCGCCAAGCUCGUCAAAGAAGCUGGCUUCCCACCAGGCGUCAUCAACGUCAUCUCUGGCUUUGGUAAGACCGCCGGCGCCGCUAUUUCCGCCCAUAUGGAUAUCGACAAGGUCGCCUUCACAGGCUCCACCGUUGUUGGCCGACAAAUUAUGAAGGCUGCCGCUGGAUCCAACUUGAAGAAGGUGACUCUCGAACUCGGAGGCAAGAGUCCAAACAUCGUCUUCGAUGAUGCAAACAUCGAGGACGCCAUCUCAUGGGUCAACUUCGGCAUCUACUUCAACCACGGACAAUGCUGCUGCGCCGGCUCGCGCAUUUACGUCCAGGAAGGUAUCUACGACAAGUUCAUCGAGGCAUUCAAGAAGCGCGCAGCAGCGAACAAGGUCGGCGAUCCCUUCGCCUCAGACACAUUCCAGGGCCCGCAGGUGUCACAAUUACAAUUCGACCGGAUCAUGGGCUACAUCGAUGCCGGCCGCAAGGAAGGCGCCAAAGUCGAAAUCGGCGGCGAACGCCAAGGCGAUAAGGGCUACUUCAUCCAACCGACCAUCUUCUCGAACGUCUCGGAAGACAUGAAGAUCAUGCAAGAAGAGAUCUUCGGCCCCGUCUGCUCGAUCGCCAAAUUCAAGACCGAAGAGGACGCCAUCCGCGUCGGGAACUCGACCACAUACGGCUUGGCCGCCGCUGUGCACACCCAGAAUCUGAAUACGGCGAUCAGAGUCAGCAAUGAGUUGAGGGCCGGCACGGUUUGGGUGAAUGCGUAUAAUCUGCUGCAUCAUCAGUUGCCGUUUGGUGGGUACAAGGAGAGUGGGAUUGGGAGAGAGCUUGGGGAGGCCGCGCUGGCGAAUUAUACGCAGACGAAGACUGUGAGUAUAAGGCUGGGUGGGGCGCUAUUCGGAUAG